GUUGCAAAGUUGAACGGCGCCACCAUUCCCUGCUCCAAGCUUUACUCUCCAAUUCUCUCUCUUACGAAGUUCACAAGUACGAAUGGGGAAGAAGACGAAGAAGCCAGGCCAAGGCAAAGAGAAAACAGAGCGGAAAACCGCCAAGGCAGACGGAAAACGAGCUCGCCGAGAGGAUAAAAAACUAUCUCCCGAGGAUGAUAUUGAAGCCAUCUUGUUAAGCAUACAAAAGGAGGAAGCAAAGAAGAAAGAGGUUCACGUUGAAGAGAAUGUCCCUAAACCCUCACCUCGUUCCAACUGUUCGCUGAAUAUCAAUCCCUUGAAAGAGACUGAAUUGAUUCUGUACGGUGGUGAAUUCUACAACGGAAGCAAGACUUUUGUAUAUGGUGAUCUUUAUCGACAUGAUGUGGAAAAACAAGAGUGGAAGCUGGUUUCCAGUCCCAAUAGUCCACCACCUCGAAGUGCACAUCAAGCUGUUGUUUGGAAGAACUAUCUUUACAUUUUUGGUGGGGAAUUUACUUCUCCAAAUCAAGAGAGAUUUCAUCAUUACAAGGAUUUUUGGGUCUUAGACUUGAAGACAAAUCAAUGGGAACAAUUAAAUUAUAAAGGGUGUCCAAGUCCACGGUCUGGUCAUCGGAUGAUCUUAUACAAGCACAAGAUUAUUGUGUUUGGUGGUUUUUAUGACACUCUUAGAGAAGUAAGGUAUUUUAAUGAUCUGCACAUUUUUGACCUCGAUCAGUUUAAGUGGCAAGAGAUAAAACCUAAACCUGCAGCCAUGUGGCCCAGUCCCCGUAGUGGAUUCCAGCUCUUUGUAUACCAGGAUGAAAUAUUUCUGUAUGGAGGCUAUUCAAAAGAAGUUUCAUCCGAUAAGAAUGGCACCUCCUCCGAGAAAGGAACAGUUCAUUUUGACAUGUGGUCUCUCGAUCCUAGGACCUGGGAGUGGAAUAAGGUUAAAAAAAGUGGAAUGCCACCUGGACCUCGAGCUGGUUUUUCGAUGUGCAUCCACAAGAAACGCGCUGUUCUAUUCGGGGGAGUUGUGGAUAUGGAAGUUGGAGGGGAUGGUCUUUUGAGCCUAUUCUUGAAUGAGCUCUACGGCUUCCAGUUAGAUACUCGUCGCUGGUAUCCUUUGGAGCUACGGAAAGAAAAGUCAACAAAAGAUAAGCUGAAAAAAAUUUCCAAAGAUAAUACCAAACCUACAGCUGCUUACAACGAUACAGAUGCAAUGGAAGUAGAUGAACAUGUAACAAAUGAUAAAGAGGAUAAUUGGGAGCGUGAUGAAGAUGCACUUGAGAUGGAAAAUGAUAUUGAUGAGAUGUCUCUUGCUCUGGAAAAGAACAUUGAUAUUGAUGAUAAUGCAGUCUCUGGCAAAUCUGAAGGAAAACCUCCUAAAUUGAAUUCAAGAUUUGAAGUCCAGAGCUCUGCUUUUCCAGAGUUGGUGAAACCUUGUGGGCGUAUCAAUUCCUGCAUUGCUGUUGGCAAAGAUACUCUAUACAUUUAUGGUGGCAUGAUGGAAGUAAAAGAUAAAGAAAUUACUCUUGAUGAUCUUUACACACUUAACCUCAGCAAGCUUGACGAAUGGAAGUGUCUCCUACCGGCAUCUGAAUCUGAAUGGAUAGUCUCAGAAGACGAAGAUGAUGACGACGAUGAUGAAGAUGAUGACGAUGAUGAUGAGGAUGGUGAUAGUGAAGAUGAAGAAUCAGAGGGUGAAGAUAGUGAAGAGACUGAUGAUGACGAAGAUAUGGAGGUCAAGAGUUCUGAUCAGAAAUCAGAUGAAUUGGGAAAUGCUGUAGCUAUACUAAAGGGAGUAGGUAAGAAACUUCGAAGAAAAGAGAAACGGGCCAGAAUAGAGCAGAUCAGAGCAAGUUUAGGGCUCUCUGAUGCUCAGAGAACACCAGUGCCUGGAGAAUCUCUGAAGGACUUCUACAAGCGGACAAAUGUAUAUUGGCAAAUGGCAGCCUAUGAACAUACACAACAUACUGGAAAGGAACUCCGAAAAGAUGGGUUUGAUCUUGCGGUUUCUAGGUACAAGGAACUUAAACCAGUGCUUGAUGAGUUGGCCAUUUUAGAGGCAGAGCAGAAGGCUGAAGAAGCGGAAGGGCCCGAAAUAAGUGGUCCUAAAAAACGGGGUGGUAACAAGAAGAAUAAAACCCUAGCUUCAAGAUAGUUUUGGAAUAAUUUCUCACAAAUUUGUAAUAUGUAACUUUAUAAGAUCAUUUAAAUUUUGUGGUUUUGAGAAUGUUGAUUUGGUUUGAUUAUUAUUUAUUAUUAUUAAGUGUUAAACAUUUUUGAAAUUGUAUUCUAGUUGUUAUUGGAAUGCUCAUUUAUUUAACCACUUGUGUUUUUUUUAGGAAAACCUGUUCAUUUAUUUGUGUUUUAGAAGUAGAUUAAGGAAUAUGAUGGGUUAGUUAU